AUGCGGGAUAACGAGGAUACAGCAGAGGGCAGGCGGUUUUUGUUCCCGAAACAGACAGACUGGAGCCGAAUCAAUUUUACCUUCCUAGUAUUUGUACUGGGAAUCAAAACGGUGUUUUGCAUUUUACUAUUUAUAUACAACCAUGUGUUGCUGUUUUUUAUAUUCUUCAUGUCGACAGUCAUUUCGCUAUACGCCCUAGUUGUAAACACCUUCAAAGCAUUAACCCUCUACAUAGUCAUUUUAACGUCCAUCCUAACGUCGAUUUUUUUGUCCCUAUUUAACAUCAUACAUGUGGAGUAUAUAGCUAGCGUUUUUAAAGAGGUGUUUCUCUCCUCCGUGUUGUAUUCAGUGCUACCCUUGUUCAUAUUAGAAUUAUUUGUAGCGAUUAUUUACACAUGUCUGAAGAGGAGAAGAAGAGGAUACAUCGAAAAACGUUUAAGGGAGUUAAAAAUAAUCAUCGAUGGAGGGAGGAACAGAGAGAAAGGAGAAAAACUCCUCUCGCUGCAAAUCGAUUUGGAGAAAAAUGAACUGAACACAUAUGACAAGACGUAUAAGUACUACCUGACAAAUUACAAAAAUAAGAAAUACAUCUGCAUUGAGAAGAAGACAGAUUAUUCCAGUGAAGAGGAGGGGGAGGAGGACAGAAGUGCCCAUCACAUCGGAAACGACUACAUCGAUUAUAAUGCCAUUUCGUCUAACUGCUCUACUUUGAAGAAUCAGCAACGUGGCAGUGGUAGAAAAAUCUUCCAAGAGGAAAAAAACGCAUAUAAAAAGGGACCCCCCAAAAGUGACUCCCUGUCCUACUACCACGUCAGCGAGGAUUUAAGCUUUAUCCAUUCGGGAAUUAAGAAAUAUGCUAAACGGAGCGAAAAAAGCAGUGCGAAAAGGAAAAAAUCGGGAAGAAAUGACCAAGCGGAAGGGGAUACCCACAAUGCGGGUAGUUUUGCUCAUUCGUAUGGUAGCCAAAGGCACAUUGCAAGCCCUCUCACGAAGGGUAGGAAGCGCCAGUGGAGCAAUGACAAGCAUAGCGUUACUGAUGAGGGAUGCACCAACUUGGUGAACAAUGACAAAGAAGAUGACGCAGAAGGUACAGCCACUUUUUCACAUCAGUCCCCCUCUCAAACGCAGCUCCUAACGCAGCAGGUGGAAAGACGUAGUAGUAAAACAAAGCCCGACAGCUGGACGGAGACUCUCCCAAAUGGAACACCAGAUCAGGGAGAAAACUCCAAAAAGGGUUCCGCAGAAUUUAUACAAAAUUCAUUCUCAUUGGAAAAUUACGAAGAAGUAAAUUAUAUAAUUGAAAAUUUUAUCGAAAAGAACAAGGAGGAGGCACCCCCAAGUGGAGAUCUCGCGCUUGGUGAAGUUGAGCGGGUUGAGCAGCAAAAUGGAGCAGAUGAGACGGCGCAGGAGAUGGACGAAUUAGACGUGGAAAGUAAAGGCAUGCAGAUGGAUGGAUCACCACAGGAUGGAUCGCCACAGGAUGGAUCGCCACAGGAUGAAACCCCCCUGGGAGCGUUCGACCCUACCCCGCUGCCAAAUGUAGAGAACCACGCGGAAGAAGCGAAUGUACAAAGUGACGAAGAAAAGGGGGACCACCUAUUUAGCCACAUGACCUCCCAGGUGGAGGAAGAAUUGAUAAAAAUCAUGGCAAGCCAGAGCAGCGAUCACGAGGGGGAAACUUACGCAAAAUGCACAGCUGAGGAGAAGGACUCCGGUGAAUGCGCGGACAUAGAAGAACAUCAUGAUGACAUCUUGGCAAAGCUCGAAGAACAGCAAAAUAACCAGGGGGAUGAACUUCAUUCAACUGCCAGUGAGAUGGAAGCGAACCAAAAAAGUCAGUCAGGUGCCGGAGAAGUGGAACCAAAUGAUAUGCCUAACAGCGUGGGGAAUCCCCUAAUUUGUGUCUACCCCAACAUGGAGGAGGAAACAAAACAGGUGGGCGGAACGAAUCAGCAGGAACUGUUGAUGGGUGAACAGUAUGACAAUUUUAAAAGUGCCGAAGUGGGUGCGGGGGAAAAUUCCCCAAGUGAGGAGACACCCGUAAGUAGCCCCACAAAUAAAACGGGUGAGCACACGGGAAAGGUAACCGCUACGCAUGAUGGAGAGGCCUGCCUGGAAGAGCAGCUCCAGCUGGAGGGAGAAAUGAAAGAACAGCGGGGGGAGCAGUCGGGGAAGCUGAAUCAGUCGGAACAGUCGAAUCAGCCGCAGGAGCAGUGGGACGAGCUUCCCAUCGAGUUGCCGUCCGAUUUGCCCGUAGAACCUCCAUCCGGGGAACCAUCCCAAUUACACAUAGAGCAGCGCGCAGCCCUCCCAAGCCCCCCUGCGUCAAGCGUGCCACACGGUGAAGAAGAAAAGCACGAUGGGGAUGGAGGCAACGAGGACAGCCAUAGUGAAAACACCUCGGAGUGGAAAAAAACACAUGAAGGUGAAACGCAGGUGAGAAACUUCCCCUGUACCAAUUUUGAGCAAACGAACUUGCUAAGAAGUGCCAAUUACGAGGUAGGCACAAAGGAAUGGAUAAAGCUAGAAAAAAAAGAUAUAGAGCUGCUGAAGCAAUCUGUUAACAUCGACAGCAUCGAGCACAUACCCAUUGAUGAUUUUUACACAAAAAAUAUGAAAGAGCGUGGUGCCAAUCUAUUUUCCUACUCCAUUCAUUCGAGUAACGUGUCAGAAUUUCUCAAAAUCGGGGUGGACCAAAAGCCAUGUGCUAGCUGGGGUGCUCAACAGGAGGAGAGCCUGACCAGCAGUGAGGACAUAUGCAAAAAGGUAAACUUCGAAAAGUUGGAAAUUAACAAAAAUGGCUAUGUCACCCUUUUUGAGGAUGCAGUUAUCCCUCUAGGGGGCCUUAACGAUGAGGAAAAGGCCACCGAAUGGAUGAACCGCCAACCAGUGGGGGCCUUCCAUUUGGACAGCAACAUAAUGGGUUUACCGCACGAAUCCUCUCAUGUGGAAGGGGCCAACCAACCGGAGGAGGAUUCCCAUCAAAAGUGCAGCGAACAGGAGGGGCUCGAUAAUGGAAAGGAAAAAGAGUCAAAUGAGAAAAACCCACAUCCACUCGCACAACUGCACAUUAGCAACGCCUUCAGCUCUAACUUCUACACAACGGAUCACGGACAGUAUAGCAAUUACGAGGAGGUCAUCAAGGACAACUCAAACAUUGCAGAGGCCUUUCUCAACAGUGGCAUGCAUGGGGAGAAGAGCGAAAUGGGCAGAAGCAACAUCAGCGAUGAACUUCCCCCAAGUAGCUUCCACAACGAGAGAGACAACCUCAUCCUCAAUUACAGCAGUUGCAAUGAUGACACCCAGAGUGUGCCAAAUAGCUCCCUCAUUCUCGUCAAAGGGGAGCAUAGCACGAAAGAAUUAGAGAGCUCCACAAACAUCUUCCAUCGGGGGAUCCACUCGAACAGCGGAAACGCAAACGAACCUCCCAACUGUGUGGACGAUAAAGAUACGAAUGAAAAACAAAACGACACGCAUAACUCUGGCAGUAAUGACCUGUGCGAAACGACAUCCAUAUUUAAGCAGCGGAAGUCCUUCUUCGAGAAUUUAAAAAAAGACAAGUCGUUGAGCAGUUACCCUGCGAAAAUGCCGCUCAGCAAUGAGAGGAACGCCCUCAGGAGGAGGAGCGGCAGAAGUGAGGGCGAAGCCAGCAGAAUGGUGAGCGGUAGAAGUGAGGGAGAAGUUAGCAGAAUGGUGAGCGGAAGAAGUGAAGGCGAAGCCAGCAGAAUGGUGAGCGGCAGAAGUGAGGGUGAAAUCCUCAACUCAAACUCGUCCAUAAAUCAACACAAAAAAGGGAACCCCCCAGUAGAAGAAUCAAAUGUGAGCAGCUCCACCCCCGACGGGGAAGACUACCAGGAGAACGCAGAACCCCCUGUAGAAAAAUUUGCUAAGUUGAAGAAGGCGAAAAAUAUAAAGGACAAUUUUUACAUCAUUAAUGAUAAGUUGAAGAGCAGCGGAAAGGAGAAGAAGGACACGUCUGUUAUGGGCAUGUCGCCAGAUGGGCAGCUAACGCCGUCAAACAAUCUGGCAGGUAGGAGUACCUUCGAUCGUCCGAAGCAGAUUGAAGAAAACGAAAUGGAAGACGCAAAAAUGAUUGACCAAAUGGAAGGCGAAAAAAUCAUCGACCAAAUGGAAGACGCAAAAAUGAUCGACCAAAUGGCCAACCCCGAGAGUAAGCAAAAAAUCACGCAACAUUUUGUCAUUUACGAUCAAAGCGAUUUGGCAACGCCCAGGACAAAACUGGAUGAAGGAGCUCCAACCAUGGGGGAAACACAAAACUUGGAAAAAAAAAAAAAAUUCGAAGGAACCCCACCCAACACGGUAAUCACCCUGAACAACUGCUCUAUUAAUUCGACUGCGGGCGUACCUAUAAAAGACGGCCAAAAAAAUAUCUUCACUUCGGCUACCCAACUGAGUAAAGAUACUUUCAUAAAAUUGGGAAAUGCAGAAACGGUUAUUCAAGGUGAAAAAACUGAAGGCAGUUAUCACAAGGGAUCUCUCCUUGGCCAAGUUAAGGAGGUUCCCACGUUUGGCAGCAGUGAAGAACCCUGCUUCCAGCACAGGAAAAAAAAAUACACAGAAUUAAAAAAGAAAACCACUCCUAUGGGGAGCAAUCCUCUGAGUGAUGCCGCCCUCGGGGAAGAUACAAAUUCGAAGCUGAGUGCAUUCGCCGAUAUGAGCUCGGACGAUACGAAGGAAGUCUUGCCAAGUGAACGCAUGCAAAGUGAGCACCUCUCCAUCGAGGCGAUGAACUCGGGAGCGAUCCCCCACUCCGGCGGUCUGCUUCCCCCUGCCGAUAAAUCACUUCUCAUCGGAUCUACACAGAUGGAAAAACUUAAGGACGAUUUUUUGAAUAUGAAUUCCUGCGACAGCAGCGCCAUGUAUAGGGACUUCAUGGACGCGAUGAAUUUGGAGGGGCGGUAG